AUGCUAGAAAUAAUCAUUCUGGAUAAGAUCUGUGUGCUGAAACCAGGUUUUGGAAACAAUGAUCAAGGAGAUUCACAACUGAGACUUGUCUUACUGGGCAAGACUGGAGCAGGAAAAAGUGCAACUGGGAACAGCAUCCUGGGAAAGACUGAGUUUUAUUCUAGCCUUUCAGCUAAGUCCGUCACCAAGACCUGUGAGAAAAGAAGUCUCAUGUGGAAUGAGAGAGAGGUAGUUGUCGUGGACACUCCAGGCAUCUUUGACACCGAGGUACCCGACGAGUACACCAAGAAGGAGAUUGCCCGUUGCCUCCUCUUGACCUCCCCAGGCCCUCACGCUCUGCUUCUGGUGGUCCCACUGGGACGUUACACCGAGGAAGAGCACAUGGCCACAGAGAAGAUGCUGGAAAUGUUUGGAGAGAGUUCUAGAAAGUACAUGAUUCUCCUAUUCAGUCGGAAGGAUGACUUGGAUGGCCAAGAGUUCCAGGAGUACUUGAAGGAAGCUCCUGCGGUCCUUCAAGACCUGGUGAGCCAGUUUGGUAAUCGUUACUGUCUGUUCAAUAACAGGGCAAAGGGAGCUGAGCAAGAAGACCAGAGGGCACAACUGGUGGCCCUGGUCAAUCAGGUGGUGAUGAAGAAUGGGGGAACGUGCUACACUAAUGAGAUGUACCGAAGGGCUGAGCAGGAGAUUCAGAAACAAGUCCGGCUGAAGCAGCAAUAUUACAGAGCAGAAUUUGAGCGUGAGAAAGCUAAGAUAAUCGAGAGUUAUGAAGAGAGAAUCAGAAAAUUGGAGAAUAAAUUAGAGCAGCAAAAGAGUAAGGAACAAAUGGAGAGGAAAUUGGAAGAAAGGAAGCUUUUUUAUGAUUUGAUGCAAAAAAAUGCCAGAAAUGAAGUUGAAAGUCAGAAUAUAAUCACUCAAAUUAUCCUAGAGGUAGUGAAAAUUGUCAAUGUUACAGAUAAAGCAGAUGAAGUAUUCUACUUUGUAGAAAUAGGAAGUGAUGAUUAG